CUCCGCAGCUGGGAUACAUUGAUGGUCAAAGACGAACUGUGUUCAACAGAGACUGACAACUCCCAUCAUGAGGCACAUGAUACUGUUAUGCUUUCUCAUGCUGCUCCCUUGUGGUUUUGCCCGUCCGCGUCCAGUUGCUCAGAAAUCAAACCUUCUGUUAUCAUUCUUGGAUCCCAAACACGCACAGGCUUGGCUCGAAAGGUUCUUUUUUAUAAAAUCAAAAACCGCACAUAAGCACACCAUGGAGGAACUUCUUAAAAAAAUGCAGGAAUUUUACAAUUUGGAACCAACAGGAACACUUGAUGACAAAACUGUGGAAAUAAUGAAACUGCCCAGAUGUGGAAUGCCUGAUGUCUCUGAAUAUACCACUUUCGAAGGAUCACCAAAAUGGAAAAAGAAUUCCUUGACUUACAGGAUAAUUAACACUACUUCUGACCUGCCUCAAGACAAAGUGGAAUCAAUCCUCGCAGAGGCCAUAAAGGUUUGGAGUGAUGUGACCCCUCUCAAGUUCACAAAGACAACAGAUACUGCUGAUAUCGACAUAUAUUUUGCACGUGAUGAACAUGGCGACAACUACCCUUUUGAUGGAGUGGGUGGAACUCUAGCUCAUGCUUUUGCUCCUGGAAAAGGCCUAGCAGGGGAUGCCCACUUUGAUGAUGAUGAGUACUGGACAGAAGAUGACGAAGGAACCAGUCUUUUCAUUGUUGCUGCACAUGAGUUUGGUCAUUCCUUGGGCCUUGGUCACUCAAAAUCCCAUGGUGCUUUGAUGUAUCCUACCUAUAGCUAUAAGAAGCAAAAGAACUAUAAACUUCCAACAGAUGACGUAAAAGGAAUACAGAAAUUAUAUGGAAAGAAGAGGUCCUGAACAAUCCCAGCGUGUGUGCUCCAGAAGAAAUAAAACAGACCCAUUUUGUAUUUAUAUUCAUUUUACAAUAUAUAUGAUCUUUUUAAUAACACAAAAUGGCAAGAAUCUCUGAAAUUUGAACUGGAGGCUAGUGAAAUGAAAUCAUAAGCAAAUAAUCAGAUUAAGCUUUAUGAAACAGCUGGUUUGAGAAGUACUGCACAAAGAUUUCUGUUUUUAAAAGAAAUAGUUCAGACACGGAGAACCAUAGCACAUGAAGCAAAGUCAUUGCAAGGCUUACUCUACACAACUUUCAGCUUUUUCGGUUUGUCAGGCAAAGUUCUGACCCUGCCAUCCCACUUUUAUCAGCUGCUCUUAAAAUAUCCCAAUUUCUCUCUCCUCCUGCUUUCCCUCUUUGUCUUCAGAUUACUUCAAUUGCUGCAAAUUGAGUGCAAAGUGCAGAAGUAUUUUGCACUUAGUUAACUCAGUGGGACAGAAUGCAACAGUCUUAGGGCAGGUAUGAUCUGCUAGUUAAUAUUAUUCUUAUUAGUUUUAUCAGCCAAUAUCCAAGGAGACAUGGUACGACCCUUUUAUCUGCAAAGGAUACACAAUGCCACAGAAAACAGCAAAUCCUAUUGAAGUGAAAGACCUCCAGACCAAAAAUACCAUAGACUAACAUUAGAAGACCUAGAAAUGUCUAGAGAGGACAUAUUUUGUCAGACAUGGACACAUGAAACUGCAGAUAAUAGUCCUGUGGUCAAACUGCACUUUAGUAAUUCUGAGUAAAGAUAAUCUCAUGCCAUUCCAGAAAGCUUCUAGACCAGUGAUUCUCAACCUUGUGGAUCCCCAGGUGUUUUGGCCUACAACUCCUAGAAAUCCCAGCCAGUUUACCAGGUGUUAGGAUUUCUGGGAAUGGUAGGCCAAAACAUCUGAGGACCCACAGGAUGAAAACCAUUGUCUAGAACAUCAUUAGCAGUUUUUGGGAAUGCCAUUAAUACUCUACUGCAAAGGAGAGGUCUGCUUGUCUAGAUCCAUCUUCAUAUUUACAUUUUAACCAAGUUAAAAAGCUCUUGGGAAAGGUUAUUAAAAUCAUGUAAUCUAUUGUGUAAUGCAUUCUCAAUUAACCUGAUUUCUUGUAACUCUGUGUAAAUGAAGAUUGUUUCAAAUGAACAAUUAAUGAAAUGCUGGUGGGGGUACUGCUCUUUUUAAAAUUAUGAAUUCUUCAAAUAAAACACUUUUAACAACGACAAA